AUGCGACUCUGCUGCAGCCAAGGUGACAAAGAUGACGGUGACCAACGACCGUCCGCGCCACGUCCUGUUCCCACCCCCGCUACUAGUGCUGGCAAGCCACAGACAACUCACACCACCGCACCAAUUUCUCCGAGCGAAAGUGCGUCAAUAACUAAAGAAAAGCCACUAGGAAGUCCUGAUCUAUGGAAGGAGGCAUACGAGAGUCUCGACGAAGACCGCAAAGACCUCGUCUCCCUCGGCAGCACGGGCUCGAGCACCGAUGCGAUCAACGGUGUCAUUGAGCAGACGGAGAAGAGAUAUAGGGAAUGGAAGAAAGGGGGGCUUACAAUCCGCCGCAGCGAUGGAAACGAUAUCAAUGUUCGCAGUUCGGCGGAGAGGAUCCUCAACGCGGCCAUGCAAGCCAGGGACCUGAUUGCGACCGUGGCAGCUUUGGAUCCCACUGGCAAGGCUUCGGCGGCGUGGACGGUUGUGUCGCUUGGGUUAACGAUGGUUCACAACGAUAUCGAACGUCGAGAUGCUGUAUUUGCCGCCUCUGAAUACCUUGCCGAGAACCUCGCCUAUUAUUCUCUGGUUGAUGCGCAUUAUAGAGACCAGAGGGUGGAAGGGGGUCAGAACUUUGAUCGCGCACUCGUUCGGGUCUAUACGGCAAUACUGGACUACACAGCAGAAGUCAAGAAAGUUCAGAAAGAAAACCGGGCGGUUCGCAUGGCCAAAAGCAUCAGGGCCCUAGCCGACCAGCCACUUACCCAACUGAAAGCAACGAUCGAGGAGCAAAGUCUCGCCGCAGAGAAAUGGGCUGACUUCACCAAUAAUAUGCGUAGCCGAGAGCUGGCACAAAAGACGCUCGCCCAGGUGGACGAAAGCGUUGGCAUGAUCAAAAAACUCUAUUCAAAGGCAUUGAAUGACGAGGAGAGAAAAAUCAUGGACUGGGUGUCAGUAAUAUCCUACUCGAAUGCCCAGAUCGAUACACAGAAACACCGAACUCCAGAUACAGGCAACUGGCUUCUUAAGUCAAAAGAGUAUAGGGACUGGAAAAGCUCACCCGGAAGUAUUCUCUGGCUUCGCGGAGUUGUCGGUUGCGGCAAAUCAGUCCUUUGCUCCACUGUCAUACAGGAUAUUGAGAAUCGCUGCGAGGAAGACGAAUCCAAGUCACUAGGCUACUGGUACUUCCAGUUCAACAACGACAAAACGCAGAGUGUGGACAACAUGGUUCGGUCCCUGAUCCAGCAGCUCAGCCGGUCGCCCCUAGACGAGUCGGUCACCAAGGCGUGGGAGAAGCACAGCAGGAAGAACAGCCAGCCAAAUCGAGAAUCCCUACUUGCCAUGCUCGACAGCAUAAUCACAAGUAUGCCGAGUGAUGUUUUUGUGGUGUUCGAUGCUCUGGACGAAUGCCCGCAGACAUCGAGCCAGUGGGAGAGGCAACAGCUUCUAUCCAUCCUUGUAGACUUGGCCAAGAAGCACAAGGAUAAUCUCCAUAUUCUUGCCACGAGUCGACCGGAGCAAGAUAUCGCUGCAACAAUGGGCAAGUUCUCGUUGAUAGAUCUGGAAGAGAGGCUGGCCAAGGACGUGGAAACUUUUGUUCACGCACGGCUUGCUGAACGGCUAUCCGAUCUAACUCAAGCAACAAAAACCUUGGUUAUUGAUGCACUAUUGAACAAUAGAGAGCGACGUUUCCGCUGGACCGAUCUCGAACUCAAACGACUGGAAGGCUGCCCUACCGACAAACGGAUUAGAGAGGCCCUGCGCACGAUUCCGAAGGAUCUAGCAGACACCUACAAAUCUAUCCUGGACGGUAUUGACGACGAGGAUAGAUCCAUGGCGCGGGAAAUGCUGAUGCUGUUGGCCUUCCCCGCCGGUGCCCUGGAUUUAAAAACAGUCGCCUCGUUCGCGGGGCUGCGAUCUCCCAACUACGUCCUCAAAAUAUGCACGACAUCGCUGCUCAGUGUUUUAGAUGACCAAACGGUCAAACUGGCUCACUUCUCCGUGAAGGAGUACCUCGUUAUCUCCAAAGAUGCUGACAAAUGCGAUGAGUGUCGAUUCUCCCAGACUGCUGCGCAAGAACACCUGGCGAGGAAGACGGUCGACUGCCUUCUUGCGCAGACUGGAAAAUUGGGCAAAGAAGAUGCCAUGUCGAAUGCAUUUUUGGUCUAUGCUGCGAUCCACUGGCCGGGACACAUUGCUGCCCUGGGAGACAUCUCCCUCUGGCCCGCCGACCUACCAGCCAAGGUGGAUCGACUCUUCACGGAGCCAAUAGUAUACUUCAACUGGAUACGUAUAUUUGAGCAUGACGCGAAGCCCGAGGAGAACCCCUGGGGCAAGCUUCCUGAGGAAUGCCUGCCGCCGAUCUAUCGUGCCUCUGAGCUCUCGCUACUCCGCACCGUGGAUCUCCUGAUUAACGAUGGUGCAGAUCCUCUCCAGUGCUUCAGACGUCGGGCAUGCCCAUUGGAGCUGGCUGUCAAACGUGGUCGUCUUGCAGUGGUAGACUUGAUGCUGAAGAAGAAACUUCGAAUCCCCGGGGAGUUGAUAAAGGCCAUCCUGAGCAUGAUAAACUUGGGCGGUGAUAAUCGAGCCAGCGAGGCAUCACAAUCGGAGUUGGCGGCCGUCAUGAAUACCAUACGAGAACUUGGAAUCCUGCGUGAUAUAUCUGGGGAAUCGGGCGAUGUCAUACACGAACGGUAUAUCUGGUGCGCAUUCCAGAAUUUUGAUGUGGGACCACUCCUGGUGAACCAGCUGCUUGACUGGCGAGAUACGGGAUUAGCCUCGUUCUCCCUCCCCGACGAUAUUGUCAGAACCGCGAUGACCGGCACGAUGUUCGGGAACGAGAUGUUAGAUCUGUUGUUCGAGAGAUGUAAUGACGAGAUACACAUCCCGCCAACGCUGUUCAGUAACAGGCACGUGCUACGAUUAGUCCAGCCAAGUGCCGUCGUUGCUCUGGCACGCAGACGACCUGCUGAACUCACAAUAAGCGAUGCGCUUUUAAACCAUUUGGGAAGGAAGCUUAGUGCUCAGGACUUGCAGUUUAUGCUCCAGACAUACCCGGAUAUCCGCGUGACAGAAGCCGUGUUGGUCGCCGGUGCUGAAAAUCAACAGGGCCUGACUGUCUUCCAGCUCUUGUGGGACCGUCGCGUACCGGGCACAUCUGUUACCGAGGAUAUGCUGAUAAGCGCAGCCACAAGAGAGGAAGGUGAGGUUUUGGAGUUUCUGAUCGCCGAGCUUGGGCCCGGGACCCGCUUGAGCGAUAAAGUCAUGGAACAAGUGAUCCGUAAUCGGAAGGGAAUGGCUCUAGUAAGGAUGAUCUGGGGAAGCGGCAUGGCCACUUUCGACGUGUCUGAGCGGGUGAUUGAGGCCGCUGUGUCGAAAUACGAAGCUCCGCUCGAGAUGCUUCAGCUCCUCAUCAACAACAGCAUGUCCGAGAUUCCAGUCACCGAGGCGAUAGUAUGCGGCGCAGCCCAGAACCGCUGCCAUGCCUCCUCUCUAAUCACCUAUCUGUCUCAUUUGCAGGAGGGACCCCUUCCCAUUACAGAAGAGGCGCUGGUCCUUUCGAUGAAUAGCGACCACAAUACGCUGGGAAUGCUGAUAGACAACUAUUCGGAACUGCCGAUCAGUGACCGAGUCUUUUUGGAGGCUUGCUCCGAGCGCGACGCUCUGGCCCUACUUCUGGACAAGCACGGCGACCGUGCCCCAGUACAGCAAAUUAUAGAGAAGUUUACGACGUAUCACCCGCCUGCUGACUGGGUGUUGGAAAUGCUGCUUGACCGGCGACUCGUGACUGUUGAUGAGAAACUGCUCGAAGCGGUGGCGGGACGCUACGGGACAUUGAGCGCCGUGCUCACCAGGGCUCCAGAUACCCCAAUCUCACACCAUGCGUGGGUACAAGCAGCGAUGGAUCCGCGGUCGAUACGCCUUCUUCUGGACAAACAUGGGAGCGACACCCCAAUUACAGAGGACAUCAUAAUAGGUGCCUUGAAGUCGGACGAUUUCCGCGAAACUGUUGAAGCUAUCAUCCACCGCACGGGGUUGGCGCCCAUCACGGAGAAUGUAUUGCGAAAGGCAAUGAGAGAGCGGCCUCUAAUGGUUCCCUGGAUUUUGCAACAGCGGCCGAGCCUCCACAUCGCCGUCGACGAUCUCCUCAAGGACGUUUGGCUGGAUAUGGAGCUCCCGGCGGAGCACAAGUUCCUUGCGUUCUUCGCGCUUCCAGAACUACAAGUCGUCGAGGAGCCGGAAAUCACCCGCUCCAUGCUAGAGAAAUGCCCGUAUGACGCCGAGCGGAAGGAGAACUUUGGCUUGGACGGCGUAGUGGAGGAGAUCGCGGGAUCAGCUCACUGUCGCCUGCCAGAACCUGAACUCGAGCAAUUGGGGGAGAUCAUUGUGGAGAGGUGUGGCCAUGCAGCUGUGGAGACCUUCCUGAGGUCUACGUAUACGUCCAAUUUGACGAUUACAGAUACGAUCUUGCAAGCGGCGGAGAGGAAUGUGAUCGCUGAUCGACAUGUGCUGAUGGCGGUUCUGGCGAAGCGGCGGGCAGACUGAGUGAUACUGUGCUGACUCUAGAUAAUCAUCUUGAUACAUAUCCAUCUACGUUUGCUCUUUUUUUUUCCGCCCCAAUUCGGCUGAGAAGAUACAAGCGAA